AAACCGUCAAAUAAGCGCCGCUCCGGUGACGGAAAAGACAAUGGUUAUCUUCUUCGCUCCCAAGUGAUCGAAUCCGAAUGUAAAUCUUGCGGUCGAAGCAUCGUUGAUCCAUACAUCAAACUCUCGUCGCUCGUAUUUUCUUCUUAAGCCUCAAUCAAAAGAGGAUAUAUCCGAUUUUUGGGUCUCUUGAAAAGAUGGUGAAACCCUCUGAUUUCAAAGGAGUUUACAGACUUAUUCAAUUGCAUUACAGUCGAGCAAACCCUGUCACAUUUAGCCGGUCGAAGCUCUUCACUUCGUCUUCUCCGGCUUUUCCUUCAAAUGGGGUUUCUCAGUUUCAGCCUAAGUCCAGCUUCCACAGCAUUUCGUCGAGACCCACUUCGACAAGCCUUGGCUUAUCCCAGAUUCUAUCCCGUCCUAAGCUCGUACCUAAUUUGCAGAUUUGCGGACUUGCCAUGGCUAAGCCCCGUGUUAAUACGAACUUUGCAUCGGCUUUUAGAUUGUUUUCAAGCUCUGGGUUUCGAAAAGUCGAUGGGAAUUUCGCUAGAAAGGUUGUUGACAAGCCAAUCAAAGCUGUUAGUUCGACUUUUGGUAGAUACCGAGAGGCUUUAGGGUUGCACGUUGAUGCAUUUUGGAAGAAGAAUAAUCUUGUGGUGUUUGGAGCAGUAGGUGUUUUUGUAUGUAUUUUCCUGUGGAGGAUCAUGUUUGGAAUUGCUAGCACAUUCGUCGGUCUCUCAGAGGGAAUGGCUAAGUACGGGUUCCUUGCUCUCUCAUCUGCCAUUGUCGCAUUUGCUGGUUUAUACCUUCGUGCGAGGUUCACAAUAAAUCCUGAUAAAGUUUAUAGGAUUGCCAUGAGGAAGCUCAAUACAGCGGCUGAUAUUCUUGAAGUGAUGGGUGCUCCUCUGGCAGGAUCGGAUUUACGUGCUUAUGUGAUGUCAGGCGGUGGCAUAACAUUAAAAAAAUUCAAGCCAACAAUUAGGAGCAAGCGUUGCUUUCUGCUGUUCCCAGUUCAAGGUGCUGAGAGAAAGGGCCUCGUUAGUGUCGAAGUCAAGAAGAAAAAAGGCCAGUAUGACAUGAAGCUACUGGCAGUGGAUAUUCCAAUGGCGUCUGGUCCUGAUCAACGUUUAUUCCUUAUUGGCGAUGAAGAAGAGUACAGAGUUGGUGGUGGUUUGAUAUCUGAAUUGAGAGAUCCUGUGGUAAAAGCAAUGGCAGCAGCCAAAGAGUUUGAUAAUCUUGACAGAAUCGAAGAGGAAGAGGACGCUGAAAGAGAACUUCAAGAAGCCGAAAGGAAGCAACGUGAAGAAAUCGAGAAGCUCGAAAAAGAAGGCUCUUAGUCGUUUAUUUUAUACUCGCACAACAAACUUAACAUCGUCAGUGGAUAUUGAACAUCACCGGGAAUCACUGAAUCUGUUCAAAAAAAUUCUAACUUUCAAACUUUUUUCAGAAUAAAUCUCAGAUUAUGUUAAGUAUGUUAGUGUUGCUGGUUUAUGAUUCAUCAAGGAGAGGCUUUGGUCCUAUGUAAACUGGUUUAGUCUUUCCGGAUAGUACCGGUUUAAGCACAAAAGAAACCAAUACAGAAUCGUAAGAGUCAAGGCUGUA